AUGACGCCCUCCCCCCGCGCGGCGCUGCUGCUCGCCCCCUUCCCAGCGCCAUCCAAGCUCCUUGUCGACGCAGCGCUGCCAUUGUUCGCGCGUCGCAUGUCCUCUUCCUCUCCCGCUCGGAGCCGCGAUUCGGAUACCUCCGCCUGGCCGCUGCUCAAGCGUCGCGCCCGGCCAUCACACGACACCAGCGCCGGUGCGGCUCUCGGCCAAGGGCUCCUCGCACGCCUCGACACCACAUCAUCACCAUCCUCCCUCGCCGUCGAGCAAGGCGCCGCCUCAUCCGCCGUCGCCGCCAAAACAGACCCGCGCGUCAUGCUCACGAUCCACGGCCUGAGCACCAACCUCAACGCCAGCGACUUCUACCGCAUCGCGCCGAGUGACCUGUCCAGCUGGCACAGCGUCAUCAAGAAAGUCCAGCAGCAGCGCGACCCCUCCACCCUCGAGCCCCUCGGCCGGUACCACGUCUCCUUCUCCACGCCCGCCGCCGCGACCGCCUACCGCGACCGCCUCGUGCGCCUGCACCGCCUGGCGCGCCACCGCCUGCGCUCCGAGAGCGGCCUGUGGGAGGCGUCUACGCCCGCGCACCUGCGCUCUCCCGGCGUCGAGCCCGCCGCCGAGCUCGCAGCCUUUACAGUCGCACCACCACCCCCGACCUCGUCGUCGUCCUCGUCGCGUGCGGGCCUGGAUGUCGAGAAGCGGCGCGUCUCUGCCGGUGCCGGUGCCUGGGCGAGGCAGCUCGCCGACCUCGUUCGCGGGGCGGAGCACGGGUACGGUGACAAGCCCCCCGUUGUGCUGCUGCGCGUGUAUCCGCCUACAUUGUCUGCCGAGGACUUGCGAAGGAGCAUCAAGGAGGAUGGCGUCGCUAGGGGGUGCAGAUGGAAGGUCUCCGCGCCGCAGCAGCUCCAGCAGCAGCGGGCGCAGCGAGGCCAUGACAGGGACGAGGGAGGGGACUCGACGCAUCGGAAGGUUUCGUCUCGUGCCCACGACGAUCGGGACACGCCAGAGACGCUACGGGGCAGGUUCGUUGUCGUCUGUGCGAGCGAGGCCGAGGCGCGGCGCUUCCACCGACACUGGAACCAGCGCGCCCUUCCAGCGGUGCAUAACAGCGACGGCGUGGCAUCGUCGCCCACGGAAAACAUGAUCCAUGCAUCGAUAAUAAACUGGUAG